AUGGCGGAAUAUGAGGCUUGUAUUUUUGGUCUCAGACUGGCUAUUGAUAUGAAUAUUCGGUUGCUGCUAUUCAUUAGAGAUUUUGAUCUAUUGAUUCACCAGGUUAUCCUAAAGCCAACAAGGAAUACAAGAAAGCCAACACAUCCCAAGGCCGAUGAGAAAGAGCCAGGAUGGUUAUCAACAAACCAACAAAAAUACAAGGAAGCCAAGUAUCCCAAGACCAAAAAGAAAAAACAGAAUGGUCUUUGCCAAAAAAUUAACAAUUUUAUAUGGAUGCAGGUAUCAUCAAACGUGGAAAGCAAAAUGAUGACUGACUCAAAUCCCCAGCAAAUUAGGGAUCAUAAAGAACUUGCGAUGUUCGAGAAUGUUAUAUGCAGAAGAUACGGCAUACUGAUGGAUAUUCAAGCUGUCAAUGAUAAUGAUGUUCACAACAUUUUCAUGUCGUAUCUCGCACAUAAUUAUUGCAAAGAUACGUUGGAAUCAUUUACUGCCUCCACUGGCAUAAAACAGACUGCUAAUCGUCCUGAGGAUAUAGAGAAGAUAAAAAGGAUUUAUCAUUUGGCGUUAAAAGGGACGAUUUUGAAGGCCAUAGAACUUACAGAGCAGUUUGCUCCCGACUUGUUGGGGAAAAACAAGGAUCUGCAUUUUGAUUUGUUGAGCCUUCAUUUUUUUGGACUUGUUUGCUCAAGAAAAUGCACAAAAGCUCUGGAAUUUGCGCAGGCAAAGUUAUCUCCUUUUGGGAAGGUGCAAAAAUUUGUUAAAAAACUUGAGGACUUCAUUGCUUUAUUAGAUUAUAAUGAGCCAGAAAAGUCACCCAUGUUUCAUCUAUUAAGCUUGGAGUACAGGGAGCAACUUGUUGAAAGAUUGAACAGAGAAAUACUUGCAAAUUUAAACCUCCCCAGCUAUUCUGCGGUUGAAAGGUUGAUGCAACAGAAAAUUAUCGUAAGGCAAUGCUUAAGUCAAGAAUCCAGUAAGGUUUGA